CUGCCUCUUUUCAUAUCCUCGAACCAAGCCUCCUCUCCGUUUUUCUAUUUCCAUCACAUAAUCAACGUCGAGGACGCGAGCCUCACCGUACAGGUCAUCGGGCCAAACCUCGAAUUCAAAUUCACACAUUCCCGCGCGAGGGGUGUGUUAAACAAUUCAAACAUUGAAUUUCGACUCGCGGCCAAAACAGUUGGGUUCCUCGCGCUUGUUACCCCCACCGGGGAACGCGCAGUCCUCACUUCGGCUGAGAGUGGCCAUGGAGCAGGUCUGCUUGGCGAUUUUCUCGAUGCGGCCCCAGGUGUGCUCGGCAACUUGGUCUGGACGAAGCGAGUUAUCGCAGUUGGAAAACUGCUGGGGUUGAUCAUGGCAAGACCGUUUGAUAACCUAGGGAGGGUACGGAGAGGACCAGGCCGAGAUGGCUUGUUCCAAGGGUCUCAUGUUGAAGUGAAACUAGCUGUUCACGGGAUUAUGGUCCUGCUGGAUAUGUUCAACAUCACCAAAGACUUCGACAACGUCACUAUGCGUCACCUUCAAAGUCUCCGGAAUGCCCGCUGGGAAAAUGGCACCCGGCCCAGUUUUGAAGUGUACUUUUCCAGAAAAAACUGUCUGGCGUGCGGCGGGUUGGUCCGCAGGCUUUCGGAAGCGACAGGAAUUCGGAUCAAGCUCCUGUGGAAGCACCGUCUGGAACUGAAGCAGUACCCGCGCCGCACAACCAGAUUUGUCGGUCCUGGAAGGCCACAGGAAGAGCCCGAGGUCGCCGACGAUCAGGAUUUGGACUUUGGAGAUGAACUUUCUGAGGACGAGUCGGACAGCGAAACGGUCGGAGGAGAGGAGAGAGAGGACCUGCAGGUCAUCCCGAUGGUCGAUCUUAUUUCGCACCCUUCGUUCUCGCCGAGCCCAGCACCGGGCGGCCCGGUAGAUGACUAUAUCGACGGUCUGGCAUAUCGUGUAGGACAGAUGGAGUCUUCGCCAGACGGUGCCGCCGAGGCAAUCGUGCAAUUCGCACAGAAGAUGCAGGGCCGAGAAGUCCAAUGGGUGUCGUCCCAGCAGAGCUCAUCAAGCAUCAACAAGCCCCUCCCGGCAACGCCAGAAAUCGACCCCCCCGCAUGGAUGAUGGCUCGCGAAAGACAGGCUCGCUCCCCGUUGAGCCCGUUGAGCUUAAGUGAGAGCAGCGGAUUCUUGGGACGGAGCAGGAGCCCUUCGCCGUGUGAGCGGGCUGCCGUGCGAGACCGAUCGCCGAGGAGGUAU